AUGAUGGCCCAGCGGUCUGAACGUCGUCGGAUCCAUCUGGACCAGUCCGAUCUGCUUUGUACCAAAGGAUGUGGUUUUUAUGGCAACACAGCUUGGCAGGGCCUGUGUUCCAAGUGCUGGCGAGAGGAAAACCAGCGAGACAAGCAAAAACAGAUCCAGGACGACUGCGCUCUAGCUGAGAGGCUGCAAAGAGAAGAAGAGGAAGCCUAUGCAAGCAGACAGCAGAAGGCCCAGUCCCAGGCCGCUGUCACACCUUUCAACAAAUUUGAGGAACGCAAGACCAAGGAAAAGUCGAGCAAAGUCAACACUGUCACCAAGUUUUUCACUCCCUCCAGUAAAACGCCGCCAAAGAAAGAUGCCACCGCUCCUUUGGAUUCUCAGUCCAGCCCGAGCACCUGCUCCACAGCGAACCGUCCGUCCUCGGCGGACACAGACCUAGCAACAAGGGAGUUUAUUGAUUUCCUCAAGCCUCUGAAAUAUGGCCGGCAAAUCUUCAGACAGUGUCGCGCUUUCACUGAGAGCAUGGCUUACAAGCGGGACAUGGGUGUUGAGGACAUGUCAGAAUGCGCCCAGGACUUCUACCAGAGUCUGUCAGAGCGCCUUCACACUCAAUUUAAAGGUACAGAAAUGCUUGCGUUGUAUCUUUUUACAUGUGCUGUUCUCACGUUGAUGGUUUUGCUCUUAGGCUCCUCCGAGUAUGUAGAGGGCAUCAUGGACGAAGUGGAGAGGUACAUGACCACGCGUCUGUACAAGGAGGUUUUCUGUCCUGAAACGUCAGAUGAUGAAAAGAAAGACCUGGCUGUUCAGAAGAGGAUCAGAGCCUUGCACUGGGUCACCACUGAGAUGCUGGGCGUUCCCGUCGAUGAGGAGAUCCCCGAGGCUUCCGACAGUGUGGUGAAAGCCAUCACAGAUGUGAUCGAACUCGAUUCCAAGCGGGUGCCCAAGGACAAGCUGGCGUGCAUCACGCGCUGCAGCAAGCACAUCUUCAACGCCAUCCGCAUUAGCAAGAAGGAGGCGGCGUCGGCGGACGACUUCCUGCCCACGCUCAUCUACAUCGUGCUCAAGGCCAACCCGCCGCGCCUUCAGUCCAACAUCCAAUACAUUACUCGCUUCUGCAACCCCAGCAGGCUCAUGACCGGAGAGGAUGGCUACUACUUCACAAAUCUGUGUUGCGCCUUGGCCUUCAUUGAGAAACUGGACGGCAAGUCGCUCAACAUGACCUCUGAGGAGUUUGACCGUUACAUGUCGGGGGUCCAGGUGUCCCCCAACUGGCCACCGGUGGACGGCGCCGCGCUCAGCCAGGUGCACGAGCGUCUGGACCUACUGUCGGGCCUUGGCGAGCGGCAGGAGCUCGUCAUGGAGCGAGCGCGGCAGAUGGAGAGCGACCUCAUCGACUGGACGGACGAAGUGGAGCAGAAUGUGCAGAGCAUCCUGGAGACGUUCGAGGCGCGUAAUCCUCCCGUCGUUACCUCCUCCGGCAGCGCGGCGACGGGCGCGGCAGCGGUCUCCUCGGCUAUUGACUCUGACAACGUUGAGAACGAGCAACUGCCGCCGCCGCUGACGCCGCAAGUGUUUGCCGGUUGAUGCUAGUAGAACUUCGAUGCUCUUGUAUCCAUCCAAAUUAGAAGGCCCGAAGCUCCUUCCGGUGCGCAUUAAGAAUAACCCAUUAUGAUUGGGUCACACCUGUUAUGAUUCACUCUGUGACCGAGACAAAGUGUGUCAUGUCCGACAUUGGAGGUGUGAAUAUGACUCGAACCACGCCCUUGACUGUCUGCCAAUCAAUCACAGGGCAAGUCUGGCCGCUACAUUACUAAGAAUGCAGGUAAGGAUGGACACUAUUCUCAAAGUUGGGAAUUUUAGACUUCUGGGUGACAUUUCAGGAUGAACCUAAAAUUAAAUAAUUACUUUUACAGCCCAAUUUAAUUUGGCUUUGGUCUGAACUUUUGAAUGCACAUGUCCAACUUUUAAUGUGGUGAUGAACUGCAAAAUACACGUGAGAGGUUUGUUUCAUGAAUGGACUUUGUUUGAUUUGAAUUUUAACAUCAUCAUCUUUAUCAUGCUGUUCAAAUUUGUGAGACCAAGAUGACGGCUAAUAAUUGAUCAACAGCACCUUACUAUUGCAAGGCUUCACACAAGAUAUUCUCAGACAGACCUGUCCAAUCAGCUUAGGGUGUCAGUGUUGGUUGGGUCCGAGAGACUGGAAGAGCUACCGAGAGUCUUAAAUGUAAGUCGAGCUCUGUUUCGCUCCUUGUUAAGAGAACAAUUUGUGCCAAAAAGUAUUGAACUGGCUAAUUACAGUUCACGAAAACUGACAAACUAGCAUUGAAAAAAUGUUGUUAAUGUAAUAAAAUAAAAAUGAGGCUAACUGAAAAAAGAAAAGCUAAUUGAAAUUACAUUUAUUUAACGGCAAUCAGCAAAACGAUUUCUUCAUUUUAGUCUUGAAUGAUUUUUUUUUAAAAUGGUGAGCUUUCAUGGUAUAAUUUAAUUGUACAUUGUAGGUUCAUAUAGAAGAACAAGGUUGAACAGUUGUUUGGAAAUUGUAGUUUACUUCAAAAGAAAACUAAAUCUAAUGCUAAAACUUAUAAAGUAAACUAAAAUGAAGCAUUUUCAAAAAAAUAAAAAUGCUAAAAACAAAAUAAAAGUAAUAAGAAAAAAGUCUAAAUGAAAUAAAAACUAACAAUAAAAAUUCAAAAACUAUCACUUUAUAGCUAUCGGAAUUAAGUAUUUCACAGUUGGACAUAUGCAUUUACAAGUUUAGACAAAGGUCAAAUGAAAUCCACUUGUAACAGGUUGUUAAUGCUGCAUUUUUUGGUCCAGCCUGAAAUAUCACAGAAAUUCUUAGCAUAUCUCGACUGUGGAGUCAUGUUAGACUGGAUUUUUGGCUAAAAUGUCUGUUUGCAUCAGCCUGGCGCGCUCUUAAGGCAAUAGACAUCCGAAGUACGGCGUCACUGUAGGUAUUAGUGCAAUGAAACCUCUUAAAGGUUCGACCGCAUUCUUGUACUUGUUUCAGAGUCAACUGAAUUGACUGAAACCAAAAUUUCCCAGACGCAGAAUACAAAAGUACGGUAGCUUAUUGGCAGCUAGCAUAUGAAGCUAAGUCUACCCUCGGUGCUACUUGUCAAAUUGAUGGACUCGACACCAGUCACAGAAGAUCUAAAGUCCCAUUUUUUUAAUUUUUCCUUUUUUUUUUUUAAACAAAAUAUUGAUUCCCACCAACUACAAACUUGUAACAACGUUUCUACUCAAUCAUCCACCUUGCUACUGGAGGCCAUUGCUAAUAUGAAACCAAAACAUCACAUCACGUGUCAUACCAGACAUCAAAAGUCUUGGUACCACUACUGUUUAGGUUCUGGAUUGAAAUGUCGGCUCUGAGUUUGUGUGUUCGACCGCUCCAAGGCGUUCCCCAUUUUUCGGGCCAAAUCAACAAUGGAUGCCAUGCCGCUCAACUUUGGAGGUUCCGUUGUGCUAGUUGUUAAAAGACAAAUUGAGAGAGCAAGAUAAUCAUUUGCACAUGUGUGCAUAUGCGGGCAUGUGUGUCGCAUGUUGAUGUUUUUACAUUUGGGUCAAGCAAUCCUCGGAAAUCCUCCACGAACGCGUUUGGACUGAGGUGGUUUUAUUUUUCGAGGAAGUGGUUGGUGUUACAAAUGGCAACCUAGUGGAACCCUUCUUGGUAUACGUUUUAGCAAUUUGAAGCACUUUAAUGAUUAUAAUAUGAUAUAAUGAAGGAUAGUGCAGACACUGUAUUUUCAGGUGUGCCUUGUUGCGGCACCAUCCAUUUAGAUUCAUAGUUAGAUUCUAAUCAUAUUCUUAUGACUAUUUUGUAGCCAUAUAUGAUUUUUUUGGGGGGGAUGUGGGGGGUAAGGGCAGGCUUUUAAACGUAACUAGUUGGAGCAAGUUACUGCACCGUAGAAGCUGUUUUUUUUUUCGAGGGUUGUAACACUCACUGGCCACAACACCAGAAUCCAAAAAUAACCUUCAUAAAAAGAAUCCUCACUUUAGAUGAACGCUCAUAUUAGUUCUUAUUCUGAAUCAUAUUUUUCAGUGGGGUAUUAUAUUUCUGUGAAAGUUUUGUGGCCGGUGAGUUAACGGAGAGGUUCAAAACAUCCAUAUUUUUUUUUUUUUGUCGUAUUAUAUAGGUGAGAAGUCAAUACUGUCCUUAUUUAAACAUAACUUAUUGGGGGAAAAUGUGUUUUAUUUGCAUCACUGUGUGUGUGGUAACUGCUGAUGACUAAUAAAACCUGAGAGAAGACCGCCCUGUCGACUCUG